AGAUAUACAUUCAGGAGAUUAAGCGCACUAUCAGUACCCUGGAUAUGCAUGCUAUUUACACCAUCGAACGAAAAUCCACCUGUUAACAAUGAAAUCCACCGCCAAAAUCAUAUCAAUAUUCAUUCUUUUUGCUACAACAUUUUUGAUUGGGAUUUUACCACACGGAUUAUUGAACCUCCUGCAAAAGAAAUUUCCAAAAGGAAAUCGCUUACAGCAGUACAUAGGCAUUCUGAACUGUUUUGCAGGUGGUGUCUUUUUCGCUACAGCCAUUUUGCAUUUAGUGCCAGAAUCGUCUGAAUUAUUAGAAGGCAUGUUUACAAUAGAAUACCCAGUUUCUGGGGCGUUAUCUGGUGCGGGAUUUUUUCUUCUUUUGUUCAUUGAGCAUGUGAUUGGAGUUUGCAGAGGUGAUGCUGAUCAUCACUUCUCUAUGGAAAACAAGGAAAUUGAAGUGAGUCAUAUUGAGCUAACAAAAGUUACAAAAAGUAAAGAUGAUGGAUUCACUAAUGAUGAGGUAGUGUUAGAUAAAAGCAAAAAUUUCCAAACUCCGACAGAUUCAGAAAAGUUGCCAGAAAAACAAAAGAAUAUUGUACAAGAGAACAGUAUUCUAUCAAAAUUAAGAGCCUUUGUUCUGCUGUUGGCUUUCUCGUUCCACAUGAUAUUCGAAGGCCUCGCUUUGGGUUUGGAACAAACGGAAUCGGGAGUGUGGAGCCUGUUGGGAAUUUUGGCCCUCCACAAGUGUAUCGUGUCUUUCAGUGUAGGACUCCAGCUUAGUGAGAGUUUACAGAGGGUAAAACCCGUCAUUUUGUCUUUAAUAGCAUUCUCCGCCGUGGCGCCAGCAGGUGUCGCCAUUGGUUUCCUGGUUACAGAGUACGGAGACAAUGCACGCGCGCAGAAAAUCGCUGCCGGGGUACUUCAGAGUCUGGCUACAGGAACGUUUUUCUAUGUGACUUUCUUCGAAAUCUUGCAAAAAGAAUUGACAAAAGGGCAUAACCUGUAUAACGUGUUUUCCACUUUUCUGGGGUUUUCGGCAGUUAUUGGAGUUGAAUUUCAACACGAUAGUGAUUAGUUGCGUUUUGAAAAGAUUAUACAGUAUACAUAAAUAUCCAUAUGAACAACCUCAGUCAGCGUGUGUCAAUAGAGUGUCAGAUGAAAUACAGUGUACUCGUUACGAAAAUCGAAAUCUCUAGUAAGAAAUUCUUGUUGUCGAUCGAUGGAGCGAGUGGAGACAAAAAUAAAUUUCGUGUCCUGGUCCGUCCACUGAUAGAAGAGAUUUAUA